GUUUACACAAAUGGUGCAGUGUUUCAUGUUCAUCAUUCUCCAGCCCAUGAGUAUCAUCAACUUAUCACAAAGAAGAAUCAAAAUGGCUUUAGCACAACGUGCCUACAUGAGAGUGGUAUCUGUUGUUAGUAACAUGAAUCUAAGGAACUAUUCAGCAGCUAAAUCAACAGUGAAUGAAGGAAACAUUAAAAAAUCUGUGUUCAUAUCUCAGUCCAAAGACAUUUUUACCAAUUUGGCCCUAGAAGACUGGAUAUAUCGCAAUAUGGACUUCAAAAACCAUCAUAUUCUCAUGUUGUGGCAGAGCAAUCCUUGUGUAGUGAUAGGUCGUCACCAAAAUCCUUGGCUUGAAGCACAUUUGGCAGAAUUGUCUAGCAUUACAGAACAUGGGGUUCAAUUGGCAAGACGUAACAGUGGUGGAGGUACUGUUUAUCAUGACUAUGGAAAUUUGAAUCUUACUUUCUUCACUCCUAGAGAGCAUUAUGACAGAAAGUACAACUUGGAGCUAAUCACCAGAUCUUUGUUCAGAGAAUAUGGGAUGAAUGUGAAUAUUUCACCUAGAGAGGAUCUUACAAUACGUGAUUACAAAGUUUCUGGAACUGCUUCAAAAUUGGGAAGGUUGAGUGCUUACCAUCACUGUACUCUUUUGGUGAAUGCAAACAAAGUUGAUUUGAGUUUGGCCCUUCAAAAACAAGAAGUUGAAAUCAUAACAAAUGCCACAAAAUCAAUACGAUCGAAAAUCAUGAAUUUAUGUGAAGAGAAUCCAGAUGUCACCGUUGACAAUCUGAUGACAGUAGUUGGAUGGGAAUAUAUGCGCACACCUGCACUCACUCUUACUGAUGGGGGAAUCGAAUUGGCCAACCAACAGAAUGGUUUCCAGUUGGUCAAUCCUACCGAAGAAUGGUUCAAUGGUUUGACGGAAAUACGUGAAACGUUCGAAAGUUGGGAUUGGUGUUUUGGUAAAACCCCAAAAUUCAACAUCUCCAAAUCCUUUCAAGUACCAGCAUCUCUUGCUAAUUGCGAGGAAACCAGUGACAGUUUGAAAGUAACAAUGGUCGUUGAAAAUGGCAAAGUGAGUGAUGUUAACCUCUACAUCCCACCAAACCUUGCAUUCGCUGGAUUCUCGGGGAAUGCCAAUGUUAUUACAAGUGUCAUUGGUCAAAGAUUCUCAGAAGAUGCCCUGAAUAGUAUGGAAGCAUUACUGGAUGAGUUGAUGAGUGAUAAGGACAGAUUUGUAACUGAGUGUUUGAAACAAGUUAUGAGGUCUGUUUGAUAUAAAAAAGACAGAAAGGUUGAAUGAAUAUAUCUCUCUUUCUGUCUAGUCAUCUGGUCAUACUCAUAUGAUUUUAUUCACCUUAAGUUUGACAAAAAUUAUUUAAUGUCUAAGUUAGCCCUUCUGUUGUUACACUGAUGAAGAUUCACAUUUUAUAAUGGAUCAUGACUAGUGAAUUUUUUAGGACAUUUUGGUUCCUCUUAUUUAAAUUGCAAUUCUAUCAUUUGGAAUUUGUGAAUUUGCUAACGUGAUCUUGAAUAAUGUUUUGAGUCACUCAUCAGCAGAAUUUAAUACUAAAAAGGAAAAGGAAUGUUUUUGCUGAUAGUAUGAGCCAAGUAAUAACUGCCAAGAUAUUGAAUGCUCAAUGUUUAAGCUACCUAAAUAUAUAUAUAUUCAUUUAAAUCAUUGAUGUACCAUCCUAUCAUCUGAGGAAGUAGCUGUGUGGUUAAUAUAUUGUUUGCUGCUGUUCAUUAUGUUUGUGGAAUUGUGUAUAGAUGAAUAUACUGCAAUGUUCUCUUUUUAGUUUGUUUAUAUUUUAAGUUUACCGCCAUGUGAAUGGUGAACAAGAAUUAAUCAUAUCAUUUAUGACACAAAUUUUUAAGUAUAGUUUAUAGUAGAGCAGGAAAUGUUUGUUUCUAAUGUAUAUAGUACACACAUUCAGGAAUUCAGGUGACUAUCUGGAUCAUGAUAAGCCAGAAAAUUGUUUGAAUACCAACCUAUCUUUUGAGAUUUCAGCAUCUGAAUCUGAAUAUUCUAGCCAUGUUUUUUGGAGUUGUUGUGCCUUAUUUUAUUGUAGUUUGUAGAGAUACCUGUGUAUAGUAUUUUUAUUCAAUAAAUAAUUUAUAAGAAC